GCACUUGUAAGUCGCUUUGGAUUAAAAGCGUCUGCCAAAUGACAAAAAUGUAAAUGUAAAAAGAAGCCACGCCUUGACUAAUGACGUACGCCGGAUACGGACUUCCUGCAAUAUGCGACACUGACUAGAAAUGGUGUACGUCUCGAACGGUCAGGUACUGGACGGCUGGACCCAGUCUCCAUGGAGGUUAUCUUUUCUUCGUGACCUCUUUUGGGGUGCUGUGGAAUUUAUUGGAUUGUUCUUUCAGACAGUCUACCGGCCAGAUCUUUCAAAAAAAGGCAACUCUGGGUCUACGAGGUUCAGUGAUGGCAGAGGCCCACCAGGGUUUCCUGGGGGCCGGAGAAGGAUGGGACGGGUAAACCAUGGGGGUGGCGCCAGUCCCCCACCAAUGGGUGGAUGAGGAAGGUAAACGCCUGUGUUGUCGCACAGGCGUAGAGUGCAGCAUGCUGGCUAAAAGUGUUGGUGCUGAGGGUUCCCAGUAGAAGGGAACCGGAACACCUGCGCUGAUAUGGCCAUGCGUGCUGCCUCCUCCUCUAGCUGCCUCUGCUGACUGGCAGGUUCUUGAUGCUGCACUGGGAAUUCCUUCUGUAAGGGGCCAGGGCAGCUGAUCGGCAGCGUCUCACCCCCCUCCUCUUCAGUCCUCUUCCUCUCACUUGCGCCAUCGUAAUCCUUUCACAUCUCAAAUUUGUGUUUCUCAAGAGUGUACUAAAAGUGACAUUUGUUUCAUGGAGAGAUUGUCUUAUUCCUGUGGUUAAACAUGCAAGGCAAGUGUGUGAAAUGUGUGUACAGUUUGAUAAAUAAGGGAUGCCUUUCCUAAAUAGCAUUUUAUUUGGUGUAGCUUUUCAUACUCUUGGGUGCUCUUGGUUUUUUCCUUUUGGCCUAUUUAUGACAAGUACAGUAUGCCACACAUGUUCUUGCAUCAUAGAAAACUGAUAAUCUAUUUCUAAGUUAUUCUGGAUACUAACUGCUUUUUAAAAUGAUUGUAUGGACUGCACAAUGUGUUCUUAAAGGCUUGCAAUGGGGUAUGAAUUAUGUCUAAAUGAAUACAUUUACCAUUACUGUGCAGUAACAACUUUUCAGUAUAAUUUAGCGGGUCUGUAUAUGAAUGGUUUGAAAAAACAUGUAUAGCAUAAAUGUAUUGCAUGUUGACAUUCAAAUGUUUCAUGUAAACUUCAACCAUACCUACAUAAAGUUCCAAAGCUC